CGGCGUCCGGCGGAGCGGCGGCAGCUUCCGGCCGGCCGGGCGCCGUGGAGGGCGAGGAGCGAGGACGCGGUCGCGCGUGCGGUUGGGGGCGUGUCGGCGGGAAGGCGCGGGGCCGGAGCUGGCGGAGCCGGCCUGUGUGAGCACGCCUCCUCCCGGUAGAGAGCCCUACUCUUCCCGGCCCCCUGGGAUUUCUUUCCGAGGUGACCAUGGAUGCUUCGACUCCUUUACCUCCCGCAUCCCCUUCCCCGAGGUGCAACCCGGCCCCACGCACAAUCCACAUUGAGUUCCCUCAUCAUAGCUCUUCGCUGCUGGAGUCCCUGAACCGCCACAGGCUGGAGGGGAAGUUCUGUGAUGUGUCCGUCCUGGUUCAGGGCAGGGAGCUCAGGGCUCACAAAGCAGUGUUGGCCGCCGCUUCUCCUUACUUCCAUGACAAGCUGCUUUUGGGGGAUGCGCCCCGACUCACUUUGCCGAGCGUCAUUGAGGCAGACGCCUUCGAGGGACUGCUUCAGCUCAUUUAUUCGGGGCGUCUCCGCCUGCCACUGGAUGCUCUCCCUGCCCAUCUCCUAGUAGCCAGUGGCCUUCAGAUGUGGCAGGUAGUAGAUCAGUGCUCUGAGAUUCUUCGAGAACUAGAAACGGCCGGUGGUGUUUCGGCCGGUGGUGGAGCCUCCUACCACACACUGCUUUCCACAACCUCUUCCGGAGGCUGGUGCAUUCGCUCUUCCCCUUUCCAGAACCCAGCGAGGUCCUCUGCUUCUGCUGAGAGCCCCCUCGGAGGGGACGGGAGUGAACUGGAAGAAGUGUUACAGAUUCAGGUGAAAGAGGAGGAGGAGGAGCAGGGCUCAGCGGCCCCGCUCUUUCCGACUCCUCAAGCCCAGAGUGUAUCAGAAGGGUUUCCCCAAGCUUGUGGGUCCCACCCACUGCCUACAUCUGCUCUCCCCAGCAGGCCUCCAGAGGAGGAGAGUCCAACAGUUGAGGCUCCUGCCCCUCCUGUUCGAGCUUCCCAAAUCAUAUAUGUUAAUCAGGAGACCCUGGACUCUAAGGAGGUGACCUCAGGAGGUGGGACUCCAGCUGGAGGAGCAAAGGAGAAGGCCAAAGUUCUGCCAGGAGGGGACUCGGAGGGAAACGGGGAGCUAAGGUACUUGCUGUCCUCUGGAGGAGGGGAAACGUUGGGGGCAGGAGAUGCAUCCUGGAAACCGGUGGACCUUCAUGGGAAUGAAAUCCUGUCUGGGGGUGGAGGACCGGGAGGAACAGGGCAGGCUGUGCAUGGGCCUGUGAAGCUAGGAGGGACACCGCCUGCAGAUGGAAAAUGCUUCGGUUGCUUGUGUGGAAAACGGUUUGCAGUGAAGCCAAAACGAGACCGGCACAUCAUGCUGACCUUCAGCCUUCGCCCCUUUGGAUGUGGUAUCUGUAAUAAACGCUUCAAGUUGAAGCACCAUCUGACGGAACACAUGAAAACCCAUGCUAGAGCUCUGCAUGCAUGUCCCCAUUGUGGCCGCCGGUUCCGUGUCCAUGCCUUCUACCUUCGCCAUCGUGACUUAUGCAAGGGACAGGGCUGGGCCACUGCCCACUGGACUUACAAAUGACUGCUGCUGCUCUGUACUGACUUCAAGGACAAGAGAGCUGCUGCCGCCGCUGCUGCUGCCGCUGCCGAUGCUGCUGCUGCUGCUGCUGCUGCUGCUGAAUUCUCGCCCUUCACCGCCUCAGUCCUGGGUUGUGUAAUCAUCAUUCCAAGAGAUUCUAUAUGCCAUGAACCCCUUAGUCUUGGGUGUGGGCCUCUCCCGGUGUUUUUGGAAGUUCAGGUUUCUCAAUCCAGGCAUUAAACAGACUGUAGAGAACAUCAUACUUUUGAGCACUUAACCUAAAUGGCCCUUUUGUAUUGAUAGCCAGUGAGGAAACCACUGACUUGAGAUGAUAUUAGUGGGAGAAGAGUUGGAGCAAAAUAACCUAAUAACUUUUACUUCAUCUUUAUGAGGAGGAAAGGAAGCUUCCAGAGGAAAGGGAGCUUCCAGCUAGGAGUGUGUGUGAUUCAUGAGCUCAAGUACUUGGCAGGCCAAGCUCUAAGAGGCCUCUCCCUCACUGUUGGAAGUGUUGGUUCUAUACUUCUUUUUGUCGUUUCUUUCCAGAUUUUUAGCUUCUAUUUUGCUUUCUCACCAGCAGACACCUCCCCAAGUAUCCUUUAAAAAAUGUACCAGAGCAUGCAACAGAUGUCGUGGCACAUGCAUUUAAUCCCAACACUUGAGAUGCAGAGGCAGGUGGAUCUCUGAGUUCCAGACCAGCCUGGCCUACAAAGGAGUUCCAGGCCAGUGAGGGCCACAAGGUGGGACCCUGUCUUUAGGGAGAAAAAAAAAAAGUACUUGAGCACUUUAACAAAUUGAGCAUUUCACAUGUCAUUCCGAAACCGUGCAAUAGAGGGUUUUCCCUCAGUAGCCUUUGCCUCUUGUCUACCUUUGACUACCACUGAUAACCUGCUUAUGAUCACAGUGACAAAUGUGACCAGUGAACUCAGGAGAUGGCAGCUGACCUAAAAUGCUCUUAGGGUAGCACCAUUGCUCUCUGAACAAAUUGCCCUGAUUAGAGGGACUCAGGGUUGGGACUGUGCAUGGUGACGUCUGCAGAGUAACUACAGUGGGACCAUACUGUUUCCUUUUCCAUCCCAUCCACAUCCGAUAGAAACAACACCUUCGUAGCCGUAGCAGGGUAGCUAGUAGAAUGAGAUGAAGGGAGAUGUGAAGCUACUUUAAUAAAGUCCACCCUGAUAUCUAGACUGACAGACUGGGUUGAGUAAUGCAUGUGGGAGAGGUGUGAGAGCAGGGUGCUGUGGGAGACAAAUGUGUUCCUUUGCGUCCAGUUACACUGAUGGGAACAGAUGAGACUGUCUCCGAUAGUCACGGGGCCCAGGCCCCGCCCUGCUGCUGAGGAACCUCACGUGAGCUACUCCAGACUCUGAACUACCUGGUUCUCUGCUUGCUUUAUCUGAGACCUCACCUUACCAUCUAGCCUAGACUGGCCUCGAACUCACGAUCCUCCUCACUCAGCAAGCACGUAUCACCAUGCCUGGCUUAUGCCCACUAUUUGAAAGGGCAAAUUUGGGUUACAUAAUACUAGCUUAAAUUAUUUCCUAACUUACUGCAUUAUGCAUAGUGUUGGAUAGUACUUUGAUUUAUUCUACAAAUACUUAGAGGGGAGCAAUUCGCUAGCCCCUGAUUUUCCCUCACUGGGCAGUGUUCCCCCAGUGAAUAAGAAUACCCACUGCCCAAACAUGAAGACUUGAGUUCAGAUCCCAGCACCUGUGAAAUAAAAACAAGUUGGGCUGACAGGGAGGUUUAGCAGGUGCCUACUCCAAGCCUGACAACUCGAGUUUGCGCCCCAGAACCCACAUGGAAGGAGAACCUGCCUGAGAAGGAGGGGGGUCACGUGUUGCUGACAGGGGCCCCUUGGAGGAGAGAAGGAGGCAGUAGUGGGGAGAGGGAGUAAAGCAUGGGAGCUUCGGGGAAUCUCAGAGCUCUGACUGACUAGCAAUCAGGUGCUUUUUUGUUUAGAUAGGUCUCACAGAACAAAGACAGACUAAUGAUUAUCCAAGGAGUACAGGUUAUGUGUUUGGCUUUUCAUUACAUGUCCAGGGUUACAAGUUCAAUCACAAUUAGAAAGUACAAAUAGAACAGAUUUUCUUUAUCAUCAGCCCUAUAGCUCCAAUUUAAAGAAUCUAAAGAAUGUCUUCUUCAAAGCAAAUGUAUUUGUUACAGCCUGUUUUAGUCUGGCAGUGUUUGCAGUUUGAAAGCACUCCAGACAAACAGAAAACAUCUGAACCAGCCUUUUUAUGACUAGCAAGUCCGAAUACCUGACUUCUUACACUGCAUGUUUUAUCCUCUACGCUAUAAGGUGGGAAAAGUCUAUUUUAGUCAGUCUCAUAUUUGCUGAGUUUUAUUUCUCCGGGGCUGUACCCUGUAUGACCCUCUAUCUUGAAACUACAUUUUCAGAGAGCUCUAAGCAUAUAAUAAAAAGAACUUGAAUUUGUAA